UCUUGGUCGACAGAAACGCUCAGGGUUGCAGCAGAACAUCCCUCUUUCGUCUUAUCCCCCUUCAUCGUCUCUCUGUUUUUUAAGAAAACCUCACACCACCAUCAUCAACAUCAUCCAUUCUCACAGUUUGCCCCGCUGAACUGUAGUUGUUUUUUUACGGCCAGUUGCAUGCAUUUGUCGUCUCCCAAAAUGGUUUGCGAGACUAAAAUCGUUGCGGACGAACACGAUGCUAUACCCGGGACCAAAAAAGAGUCGAUGAUGUGGAGCUCCGCCGCGUCCGGCGCGGCUCUCAGUCCCGCAGCUGAGGCCAGGGAUGUGCUGAGGAAAGAUGCGGUUUUUAUCCGAGAGUUCGAGUGCGGGGAUCAGGAGGAGGUGCGCCGCAUCUUUUACGAGGGUAUUAUGGAGAGGAUACCCAACACGGCGUUCAGGGGACUGAAGCAGCAGCCCAAGACCCAGUUUUUGUACGCGUUUCUCACAGUAAUGUGCUUUUUCGUCACCAAAUCCGUCACGCUGACGUGCUGUGCGCCCCUCAUUCUCAUGGGUGCACGCUACUUCUACAGCAGGAAAGUUAUCCAGAGUUAUCUGGACUGUGCUCUGCACACGGACAUGGCUGACAUAGAGGCGUAUUACAUGAAACCCACAGGUUCCUGUUUCUGGGUGGCAGUGCUUGACGGACGUGUUGUGGGCAUUGUGGCAGCGCAGGGCUGCGAGGAUGACAACACGGUUGAGCUGCGGCGCAUGUCGGUGGAUUCUCACUACCGCGGCAAAGGCAUCGCAAAAGCCCUGGGCCGUCGCGUUCUGGAGUUUGCGGUGCGCAACAACUAUGCGGCUGUUGUCCUCGGUACGACGGCUGUCAAGAUGGCUGCCCACAAGCUGUACGAGUCACUAGGCUUCCGGCGAAUGGGCCAGAGUGACGACUACACGCUUCCCGGGAUGAGCCGCACGCCUCUGGAGAGGCUCUUCUUCCAGAUCCGCUACAGCCGCUACCGCUUGCAGCUCCGUGAGGAGUGAGAGGUGACAGAGAGAGGGAGAGAAAGAGAUGGAGAGAGGGAGAGGGAGAUGGAGAGAGAGAGGGACAGAGAGAGAGAGAGAGAGCAAUGACCCUCCUUCACCCGAGAGCCCUGACCACAUCCUCUCCUCUGACAGCUUUUAUUUAUUUUGUGUCGUUAGAGAUAACUUCAAGUACAAAUUAAUACUUCUGCUAUUUCAUCUUUAAAGUCACUAACGUUUUUAUUACUAUUA